CAAAAAAAGAUUAUAUGAAUAGCUUCGUAACAGAGAACACUUCAAAGGCGAGAUCUCUAAGGUUGUUUGUAGAUGAUCUCUGCAGAAAAACUAGACCUGCAACAGAAAUAAUGCCGGUUAAAAGUUCUGAUGGACAAGUACUAACAUCAAAGGAAAAAAUGGUGGAAGAAUUCGGAACAUAUUUCAGUAAAAUAGGAAAACGACUAGCGAAAAAUAUAGAUGGAAUUCCACAAAGGAAAGAAGGAGACCGUUAUUGUAAUAACACACUUUUUCUAGUUCCAAUUUCUGAAGAUGAAGUGAGAGGAAUGAUGAGAGAAUUAAAAAAUGGUGGAUCUCUGGGAAAUAACGGUAUUAGAACUGAACUUAUAAAAAAUAUCCAAGAAGAAAUAAUAAUAGAACCUAUAAUGUUGCUUGCAAAUCUAUAUUUUGAAACGGCUGAAUUUUCGAACAUUUUCAAGGAAGGGCACAUCUGCACAGGAUGCAAAAAAAGAAGUAGUAGAGAGAAUUUACCAAUGGUUGGAUGGAAGCAUGAUGGGUCUCUGCGUGUUAAUCGACCUUCAAAAGCCUUCGACACCGUAUCGCACAAAAAGCUUUUACGAAAAUUCCAUCUCAAUGGCUUUCGGGGUAAAGCACUUAAAUAAAUGAAGAGCUAUUCAUUUAACAGAACCCAAUUUGUGAAGAUAGGUCAACAUUCGAGUGAAGGGAAAACUUUUCAAUAUGGGGUACCGUAGGGGACAGUAUUGGGGCCACUUUUGUUCAUUAUAUACAAAAACAGGUUAUUACUAAUGAAAGGAAAAGGAGAGACUACACUGUCAUGAUGUACGAAAAUAGUACUUGGAAAAAACUGAAACAAGUAGCAGAAGGAGAUCUUUCAAUUAUAAAGCAAUGGUUUCGAGCGAAUAAAUUAACGGUUAAUUUAAAGAAAACAAAAUACUUACCAUUUGCUGCUUACCAAUCAGGACUUCCACAUAUGGGUUGACAACGAAACAUCAAUUCCCGAAGCUGAAUACAUAAAAUAUCUAGGAGUUACAAUUGAUCAACAUCUAAAAUGGGAUGAACAUAUAGAUAUCUUGGUGAUCAAAUUAAGAUGUUUACUUACCAAGUUUAGAUAUCUAAAAAAGUAAUUGGAUACAAAGAGCUUAAUGAUGGUAUACACAGCUUUAUGUCAGUCCCAAAUAGGAUAUGGGAUAAAAGGUUGGGGAGGAGCAUAUAGUUGUCAUGUAAGGAGGGUUGAGGUGGUACAGAAAUUGUUGCUUCGAAUCAUCUACGGAAAGCCUCUCCUGUAGCCAUCAGACGAAUUGUUUGCUGUUUCCAGGGUCACGAAUCCUCACCAAUUAUUUGUUCUGCAGAUUUUAAUUGGCAUAAGCGAACAAAAAAUUCAACUCCAACCAACUGAGUGUAGAUAUGAAACACGGAACAAAACAAAUCAAUACCUUACCCCAAGAGUAGGAAAAAGAAUAGGCCAGAGAUGCUUUGCUUACCUAGCCUCAAAAAUAUAUACCGCUGUUCCAGAGAACCUGAAAAAUAUCAGAGAACUCAUUAAAAAGAAGAAAAAAUUGAAAAAUUCUGUAAUGGAUAAGGGCAGAAAAUAUUUCAAUUCAAUAAUAAAUCCCCAAUAACUCACACCAUUUUCAAUGAUUUUUUACUAAAGGAAAUAAAUGGAUAACUUACUUACCGAAAAUAACAUUCCUCCAUAUAAAUAUAUUGACGUAACUUGCAGUGAAGAAUGAGCUUGUAUUAGUGAUAUAUUGUAUGUAUGAAAUUUGCACUCAUCAGUGAUCAUUACUGUGGAUGAUGUACUCUUGAGUAUUUGUUAAUUUUAAAUCUUUUUGUUGUGAUAUGUUGUUGGAAAUUGAUUUUGAUUUGUGGAAUUAUUUGAAUACCGGCUACUGUAUUUUAUUUUGUUCAUUCAGAAGUCAUGUGCAGGAUCAAGCCUCUGUGAUUAUAUGUUUAUAACCUGUAGCUUACAGAAUUAACCAUAUUUUCAUUAUUAUUAUAAAAGGAGGUAAGAGUGGAAUAAAAGGGAGAGACCUAUGUCCAACAAUGGACGAAAAGUGUUGUAUGAUGAUGAUGAUUAUUAUUAUUUGCCUACCAUGUACAUCUGCUCACUUUAUCAUGGUCCUAAAUUCUAUUGCCAACUAUAUUAUUAUUAUCAUAAUAGGAGAUAAGAGUUGAAUAAGAAUAAAAUGGGAGAGGCCUAUGUCCAACAAUGGACGCAAAGGGUUGUAUGAUGAUGAUGAUUAUUAUUAUUAUUAUUUGCCUACCCUGUACAACACAGCUCACUUCAUCAUGGUCCUGAAUUCUAUUGCCAACUACCGGUUCAUUUGAAAAGUAACACCAACAUAAGAAAGAGGAAAUAUAGAAAUGAUCUCAGAAUGUAUAUAAUCGCAAAUUCGGGAGUAUUCUAUUCCAUUAUUUGUUGGAAACGAUAGCAAACAUUUUGUGUAGAUAUGUAGUUAUAGUGUUGGAUGAUCUAGAUUUUGAUUGUGUUUUCAUUCGAAUAAUGAAUGUUUUAAUUGAUACACUAUGAGUAGUGGCUUGAUUACGGCUUGGCAUCAUCCUAUUAAAAAAAAAGUGUAACUAGGGAAAUUUUCUGUCGGGUUUUCUUUUUUUUUUGACUUUGUGACAUACAAGCUUGCUUAUAGGUCAUGAGUGCUUAUUUUUAUAUUCAUGGAUCAAUAAUGUAUUUUGAAAUGAAUAAAUUUGAAUUUGAUGAUGGUUUCAACAUUUCCAUGAAUUUGCGAAUUCACACUGUAGCUUUCUUCUGAAGAAAGGCAGAAAUUAUUUUUGCUGUCAAUCCGUACCUACCUAGUCCCACUCUACCUAUGGUUCUACCUAUGGUAAGUGUAUAUACAGUUACUCCAAGGACAUCCUGAAAAAACUACGUACUCACCAAAGAAGAUUGGACAUUCGUUUUUCCUAGGAAAAUAUAAAACGUGAUCAAUGUUGUGGAAACUCCAAUAUUCUUGUCAUACCGAAUUUGAAUAGAUGCAAUAUAAGCCCUACAAUCCCAAUAAACUUUUCAAAAUGGCUAAUAAAUGAUUGAACAUCAA